CGGGUUUUAUUACCAUUUUAGUUUGUUAUGGCAACCAGUUUUAUUGAUUUAAUAUAACCAAGUCAAAAUUUUUAUUUUUUACGUUUAAAAUGGACGAUAUUGAAGUGAUUUGUGAUAUAACCAAUGAAGCACUCUCGGAAGUGCCAGCAACAGUGUUAAACAUGCAUAAUUUAAAGAUGUUGUACCUGGAUAGGAACAAUAUCACCUCUUUACCUGAUCACAUCUUUGAAUCUUUGCCAAAUUUAACCUGGAUGGACCUCAGAGAGAAUCUUUUAACCACAAUACCAUCUACAGUAGGUUCCCAUAGAUGUCUAGAGAAUCUUUUGGUGCAAAACAAUAGAAUAACACAUUUACCAAAAGAAUUAAGUCGAUUGUCAACGCUGCGUGUCCUUCAAAUAUCAGAUAAUCCAUUGGUUUAUCCACCACCGGAGAUUGUCGACUGUGGUUUUGAUGAUAUCAUGCUUUUUCUCCAACAAGAACUCCUGAAAGAUAUGAAAGAAGUUGAAAGGCCUUCUAUGAGGAGUACUGUGAGUACCACCUCGAGCAGUGUCUUCACAGCUGAUGCAAAUAACAGAACAGAGUCAGGGACCAUUAAAUUAGAAGUGUUGCCGACUGUGCUGGAACAGAAUUUAGCUCGUAGGAUACUUACUAGUCGACAACAGUUUCUAAAUGAUAAAUGCCGACGUGAUAAGGUGCAUAAAGUAACUAAAAGUGAUUCCAAGACAUCUGUACAUUCGUAUUUUAAAAAUAUGAGCAUCAGGGACCGUUUACCGUCGCAAGACAAGAUGGAUGCUGAACAAGUCAAACAAGCAUGGCUUGAAAAACUUAGAGAACUUAUAAGUGACCAGGAAAAAAUUCUGCAACAAGAAAAAGCUAUGAAUGCAUUGCAAAAAUGGCGCAAGGAACAAAACAUAACCCAAAAACGUAAUUCAAGUACAAAAGUUAAGGAUUUAACGCCGUAUGACACUAAUCCUGCGUAUAAUGCAUAUAUGAGUAGAGAAGAUCCUUCUGAGGAGAUAUCAAAAGAAUUGCAACAACAACAGCCGGAAUGUGAUAAAACUGAUGUUGAAGCAAUGAUCAGGGAUAUCAUUAUGCAACUAAACACUGCACGUGAGAAUGUAGUCAAUGAAAAUAACCCGGAGGAACGUGUUAAGAACGCUGAACAUGAAUUAAACUUAGUUGUUGCCAUGCAUAAAAAGGUUGCACAGCUGCAGAAAUCUCACUUUUUAUAACCAUACAAUGAAUAAAUACUAAAUUUUUGUCUGAUA